AUGCUUGCUCAACAGUACGAAUAUAAAGCAUUCCUUGGAUGGAUGAGAGAAACAGGAAACAUGUUUACAGGCGAUGAAUAUCAUUCGCGCUUUGGAAUAUGGCUUUCAAAUAAGCGUUUCGUUCAAAAUCACAAUCGUGCAAAUCUCGGAUUCACACUUGCACUUAACAAGCUUGCUUAUUUAUCACCAACUGAGUACAAAGCCAUGCUCGGAUUCCAUAAUAAAGGAGUUCAUAACAUUGCCAUCAAAUCCAAUACAAUUGCUAAUGAUGAAAUCGACUGGCGUUCCAAGGGAGUCGUCAAUCCUAUCCAGCAUCAACAACAUUGCGGAUCAUGCUGGGCAUUUUCUGCAAUCCAAGCUCAAGAAUCCCAAUAUGCAAUCACAUAUGGCAAACUCCAAAAGCUUUCAGAGCAGAACCUUGUUGAUUGCGUUACCUCAUGCAAUGGAUGUCACAAUGGUUUAAUGUCAGCCGCAUACGAUUACGUAAUUCAAUACCAGGGUGGAAAGUUCAUGCUGGAAACGGAUUAUCCAUACACAGCAGUUGAAGGAACAUGCAAAUUCAACCAAGCAAAGGCUACUUCGAAGAUUGUUUCAUACAUUAAUGUUGUUGAAGGGGAUGAAAAAGAUCUUGCUGCAAAGGUUUCCGCUUACGGUCCAUCAACUGUUGGCAUUGAUGCAUCCCAUUAUACAUUCCAACUUUACUCACAUGGCAUUUACGACGAACCACACUGCUCAUCUUUCUCUCUAAAUCACGGUGUUGGCUGCGUUGGCUAUGGCACAGAAGGCACAAAGAAUUACUGGAUUGUCCGUAACUCCUGGGGUCUUGAAUGGGGCGAGCAAGGCUAUGUCCGCAUGAUCAAGGACAAGAACAAUAAUUGUGGUAUUGCUACAGUUGCAUGCAUCCCCAUUGAUAAGUAA